CAUUAUUAUUUAGUUUUAGGAAAGUGUAGAAACAUGGAUCAUGGUCUUCCCGAAGAGAUCAUGGAAGGUGAUGAGGUGGAACGACAAAACAACUGGUCUGAACGGGAGUGGACUGACGACUAUGAGGACCCAAACCGCCCGGGUGUGUCUCAGAACCCCAACAUUCUGGCAAUGCAAAUGGAGCAGUUUGAUGUCACUGACGCUGAUCUACAACCCUCCACUUCUGAUAUGAGUGACCUGAGUGAAUGUCAUCCCACCCUGGGCGAUGAGUAUCCCAGAGUUAAAGAGUGUUUGUACAUUAAAUGGGUAGAAGACGAAGGAUCAGAAGAAGCUCCAGGAUGGUAUUUUGGGACUGUAGAGAGUAUCACUGACGAUGGGAACUUCCUUAUACUGUAUGCUGAUAAUGCUACUGAGGUUCUGGACUUGACAAAGGUUGAAUUCGUGUUGGCCAAACCAGGAGGAAAGUUCUUUUUGCAAGUUGAACCAAAGGUUUACAAGCCGAGAAGAAAGAAGAAACCUAAGAACAAUGCUAUGAAACCCCGAAAGUCCGCAGUUAAGCGAUCUCCCAAAAAACAAGCUCCACUUCAAGUUGUGGAAGAGGAGGAGGAGGAGGAGGAAGAGGACGAGGGUGUUGCGGAGGGAGAUGGGUUAGAGGACACUGAGGAGAGCUCACGUGACAUCAUCAGGAAGGUGUUGAGACAGUACGAGGAACAACAGGCUUCUCUAGACCCUGAUCAUCAUGAGGAGGAUAUUAGAGAAGAAGCACAUGAGGACGAUGACAUGGGGUCUGAUACUGAACACAUAGCGAUGGAGCAGAGGAGAGGGCCUCAGGAGCAGGAUGCUAAUAUGAUAAUUGAAGAAGAAGAAGAAGAAGAGGAAGAAGACAUAGUAGACGAGGACCAGGAACUGCAACAUGAGCCCCAACCCAUGGUAUCAAAUGAAGACCACGUGGAACAGCCUGACGAGCCCGAAGUGCCAGUCAGAUAUAUCGAGAGUGGGAAUAUUAUUAUACCUUCAAAUAUUGCUGCUAGACACCCUCAGUCUCAGAUCAUCUUGGUGCAGCGGGGACCUAACGGAGAGUUAGAAGAAGUAACCCAGACUCAGGAGCUACAAGCCGAGGAAGUACCCGAGGAACCUCCCCUACCUGUAGCAACCAUCAUCGAGGAGACUACCCAGGUGAACGGUGUAGAGGGUCACAUAGAGGAGGAACAUGAGUAUGAGGUGGAGGAGGAGCAGCCGGAGCAGGAGCUGGAGGGAGAUGACAGUGCCACAGAGAUAGUGUAUCCGGACGAUGAAGAGGAAGAAGCUAGUGAUGAGGAGGGAGAAGAUAGGCACGCCUCUAUAGAAAUACACGAUAAGAUGAGACCCGUUUAUGUUAGAAGAAGUAACGCAACUGAAGUUGUUGUGGAUAGAAAUGGCAACCAAGUUCUACAGCGCGGUAAUGUACAGUUGGUAAGAAGAAUGGACACUGAGGAAUACAUGCCGCCCCACUCUAGCGAGCAGAACUCACAGGUUGAGCGGUACGAUGGUCGUAUUAUAAGCUCAGAGCAGAUGAUGAUGUCGAACAGAACACAGUUUAGCGGAAGGGAUGAAGCGUCAAGACGUGGUGGCCGUGGUGGCUAUGACGAGCAGGGCUCGCAACCGAUGCAACAGAGAGAUGUUGAGAACUAUAACCAGAUAGGUUACCAGGAUGAUGAGCACGCUGAUGAUUUGGAGCGACUCCAGGGAAGACUGAUUACUGAAGACGCCAUGAACAUGCUCGACCAUGACAAAGGAGAGGGAGAGGACGAUGAUUAUAGUGGUGACGAUGAGCAAGAUCCCAGAAUGCCUCGACGACGGGGCAAAUACGUCAGGAAAACACCAGAAGAAUUGGACCAAGUUCCCAGACCGUGGCAGUGUGAAUUCUGUCCUCGAGCCUUCCCCAACAAAUAUCAUCUCCAGAUUCAUCUCCGUACCCAUACUGGAGAAAAACCGUAUCGAUGCACAGAGUGUGACAUGGCUUUCUCACAUUCCUCAAACCUUUGUUCCCAUAUUCGGACCCACAACGGAAUCAAACCGUACAAAUGUAAACACUGCGGAAAAGAGUUUGGAAGGUCCAAUAACAUGAAAGCUCACACUCGCAUACACACGGGAGAAAAGCCGUUCGAGUGCAGGUUUUGCGGUAAAGCCUUCAGAUUUGGCAACCAUCUUACUAUUCACGAGCGGUCCCAUACAGGAGAGCGACCCUACAAGUGUACCUACUGUGACAGAGCGUUUAGGAACAGCAGUAACCUCCGUACCCACGAGCGUCUCCACACGGACGAGCGCCCUUACCGCUGCCGUUACUGUGACCGAGCCUUCAGCGGCUCUGGCAAUCUUCAUGCUCACGAGCGUGUCCACACGGGUGAACGUCCCUUCCAAUGUGAUGUGUGCUCUAAAGCAUUCUCCCAAUCCUCUACACUCCGUAUACACCAGCGUAUACAUACAGGUGACAAACGGUACCAAUGCUCUCUGUGCGGUAGAAGGUUCAUCCAGAGUAACCACCUGAAGACUCAUCUAAGGAGAAUGCACCACAUUGACGAUAGCCUCCCCAGCAUUAGGACCAUGCACAAGGCGGACCCCUAUGGAAUGCAGUCGUUGAACCCUAACCAUUACCGUGUCGUUACAAAGCAGGAACCGGAUGACAUGGAUCACUAUGACAGAGAAAUGCAGAAGCCCACCAUGCUGAAAGCCCCAAAGCAAGAUAGAAUGGACACUCUCCGACCAAGUCCACUGAUUGUUGACGACGAUGUCAGAGCUAAAACUUGGGGUCCUGGAUCUCCUCUCCUCCAUGGCGACGUAGAAAACCAUCGUAACCAUUGAGAAGUGAAGAAUAAAUGGAAAAGGUUAUGACGUCACGUGGUUGGUUGUUUGAACUACGUCACAAAAUAUUACGUGAUGACGUCGUGUGACUUUUUAAUGACGUUAUACUAGAGAUAAGAACUGCAACGUUAAUGUGAGGAUUGUGGGAGUAAGAAUAAACCACUUAAUCGCUAAUUACACUUGUUUAGCUAAUUACUGUACUCCGAAAAGCAAAUUUCGUAUAUUCUUCAGGGUUUUGACUUCAUGUAUUCGCAAAGUGAGUUAUAAACAUAAUGAUUUCAGAAUUUAAUUCGAAGCUUCUAACUUGUUUAAUGUUGAGUUUUUGAGGCUUGGAAGCUGCAUUGUAAAUUUCUUGUUUAUUCUCGGAUUAGCUUGGGAUAUUUAAGCAAGAUCUUUGUUAUUACAUAAUUAACUUAAGUGUAGUAUAUCCGCUGGUGACCAACGUAAUAAUAUGUUAUCGUCGAUUUUCCUUUUUCUUGAUAUCUGUUAUCCGUGUUCGAUUUUGAAGUUGCUACUUCGUUCAAAAUCCUUAUUUCUGGCACUUUAUAUAAUGCGUACUUAAAUUUUCGAAGCUUUCAGUCUUACGCUUUUAAUAUCUUCGGUCAUAGACUUUGGUAUUCAAUUUAGAUCUUAAAGGAAUAUUUGGAACCAAAUUGUAUCAAUCGUCCGUGUUUUUCAUGUAUCGCAAUUGGACAGUAUCAAUCAUUUAAGGUAACAUUUGAGCUCAUAAUGUCAUUGUCACACGAAACAUUUUUAACCAGCACUUUAUUUUUUGCCAAUCGAAAUAAUCCAUCUCCUUGUAUCUUAUAUUAAUCAUGUAUUAGCCACUAUAUCAGUUAAGUUA